UUUGAGAAGAUGUUCUUGUGGAUGGUUGUUCGCAUCAACCAACAGCUGGAUACCAAGCAGCCCAGGCAGUACUUCAUUGGUGUCCUGGACAUUGCUGGCUUUGAGAUCUUUGAUUUCAACAGCCUGGAGCAGCUGUGCAUCAACUUCACCAAUGAGAAACUGCAACAGUUCUUCAACCACCACAUGUUCGUGCUGGAACAGGAGGAGUACAAGAAGGAAGGCAUUGAGUGGGAGUUCAUUGACUUUGGGAUGGACCUGGCAGCCUGCAUAGAGCUCAUUGAGAAGCCCAUGGGCAUUUUCUCCAUCCUGGAAGAGGAGUGCAUGUUCCCCAAGGCAACCGACACCUCUUUCAAGAACAAGCUCUAUGACCAGCAUCUGGGCAAGUCCAACAACUUCCAGAAGCCUAAACCUGGUAAAGGCAAGGCUGAGGCCCACUUCUCCCUGGUGCACUACGCUGGCACAGUGGACUACAACAUCUCUGGCUGGCUUGACAAGAACAAGGACCCCCUGAACGAAACUGUUGUGGGGCUGUACCAGAAAUCAUCCCUGAAGACACUGGCCUUACUGUUUGCCUCUGCUGGUGGAGAGGCAGAGAGCGGUGGUGGUGGCAAGAAGGGAGGCAAGAAGAAGGGUUCUUCUUUCCAGACUGUAUCAGCUCUUUUCAGGGAGAACCUGAACAAGCUGAUGACCAAUCUACGAAGCACUCACCCCCAUUUUGUGCGCUGUAUCAUCCCCAAUGAAACGAAAACUCCUGGUGCCAUGGAGCAUGAACUGGUGCUGCACCAGCUGCGUUGUAAUGGUGUGCUAGAAGGAAUCAGAAUUUGCAGAAAGGGAUUCCCCAGCAGAAUCCUCUAUGCAGACUUCAAACAGAGAUACAAGGUGCUUAACGCCAGUGCCAUCCCUGAGGGACAGUUCAUUGACAGCAAGAAAGCUUCUGAGAAGCUCCUUGGGUCAAUCGAUGUGGACCACACCCAGUACAAAUUUGGUCACACCAAGGUGUUCUUCAAAGCUGGUCUUCUGGGACUCCUGGAAGAGAUGAGAGAUGAGAAACUGGCAGAGCUCAUCACGCGCACACAGGCCAGGUGCAGGGGCUUCCUGAUGAGAGUGGAGUACCGCAGAAUGGUGGAGAGGAGGGAGUCCAUCUUCUGCAUCCAGUACAAUGUUCGUUCAUUCAUGAAUGUGAAGCACUGGCCUUGGAUGAAGCUGUUCUUCAAGAUCAAGCCCCUGCUGAAGAGCGCAGAAUCGGAGAAAGAAAUGGCCAACAUGAAGGAAGAGUUUGAAAAAACCAAAGAAGAGCUGGCAAAGUCUGAGGCAAAGAGGAAGGAGCUGGAGGAGAAAAUGGUUUCCCUGCUGCAGGAGAAAAACGACCUGCAGCUCCAAGUGCAGGCUGAAGCUGAUGCCUUGGCUGAUGCUGAGGAAAGAUGUGACCAGCUCAUCAAAACCAAAAUCCAGCUGGAGGCCAAAAUUAAGGAGGUGACUGAACGGGCUGAGGAUGAGGAGGAAAUUAAUGCUGAGCUGACAGCCAAGAAGAGGAAACUGGAGGAUGAAUGCUCAGAACUGAAAAAAGACAUAGAUGACCUGGAGUUAACAUUGGCCAAAGUUGAGAAGGAAAAGCAUGCCACUGAAAACAAGGUGAAAAACCUCACAGAGGAGAUGGCAGCCCUGGACGAGAACAUUGCCAAGCUGACAAAAGAGAAGAAAGCCCUCCAAGAGGCCCACCAGCAGACACUGGAUGACCUGCAGGCUGAAGAGGACAAAGUCAAUACGCUGACCAAAGCUAAAACCAAGCUGGAGCAGCAAGUGGACGAUCUGGAAGGGUCCCUGGAGCAAGAGAAGAAACUGCGCAUGGACCUCGAGAGAGCUAAGAGGAAACUCGAGGGAGACCUGAAGCUGUCCCACGAUAGUAUAAUGGACUUGGAAAAUGAUAAACAGCAGCUGGAUGAGAAACUGAAGAAGAAAGACUUUGAAAUCAGCCAGAUCCAGAGCAAAAUUGAGGAUGAGCAAGCCCUGGGCAUGCAGUUACAGAAGAAGAUCAAGGAGCUGCAGGCCCGUACUGAGGAACUGGAGGAGGAAAUUGAGGCAGAGCGAACCUCUCGGGCAAAAGCAGAGAAGCACCGGGCUGACCUCUCCAGGGAGCUGGAGGAGAUCAGUGAGCGCCUGGAAGAAGCAGGAGGGGCUACGGCAGCUCAGAUCGAUAUGAACAAGAAGCGGGAGGCAGAAUUUCAGAAGAUGCGCCGUGACCUCGAAGAGNGUUCCUGCACAACUUGGAACACAGACCAGCAUCCAGCCUGCGAGCCAGUUGGUGUCACAAGAGCCAUGUCAUCAGAUGCUGAUAUGGCCAUCUUUGGGGAGGCAGCUCCUUACCUCCGAAAGUCAGAAAAGGAGAGGAUCGAGGCCCAGAACAAGCCUUUUGAUGCCAAGACAUCAGUCUUUGUGGUACAUGCUAAAGAAUCCUAUGUGAAAAGCACAAUCCAGAGCAAAGAAUCUGGGAAGGUCACUGUCAAGACAGAAGGUGGAGAAACUCUAACCGUGAAAGAAGAUCAAAUCUUCUCCAUGAACCCUCCCAAGUAUGAUAAAAUUGAGGACAUGGCCAUGAUGACCCACCUCCAUGAGCCCGCUGUGCUGUACAACCUCAAAGAGCGUUAUGCAGCCUGGAUGAUCUACACCUACUCGGGCCUCUUCUGUGUCACUGUCAACCCCUACAAGUGGCUGCCGGUGUACAACCCGGAGGUGGUGUUGGCCUACCGAGGCAAAAAGCGCCAGGAGGCCCCUCCACACAUCUUCUCCAUCUCUGACAACGCCUAUCAGUUCAUGCUGACUGACCGUGAGAAUCAGUCGAUCCUGAUCACCGGAGAAUCCGGAGCAGGGAAGACUGUGAACACGAAACGUGUCAUCCAGUACUUUGCAACAAUUGCAGCUAGCGGAGAUAAGAAGAAGGAGGAGCAGCCAGCAGGCAAAAUGCAGGGGACACUCGAGGAUCAAAUCAUCAGUGCCAACCCUCUGCUGGAGGCUUUUGGGAAUGCCAAGACUGUGAGGAAUGACAACUCCUCACGCUUUGGUAAAUUCAUCAGAAUCCACUUUGGUGCCACAGGCAAGCUGGCUUCUGCUGACAUUGAAACAUAUCUGUUGGAGAAGUCCAGGGUCACUUUCCAGCUCAAGGCAGAAAGAAGCUACCACAUCUUUUAUCAGAUUAUGUCCAACAAGAAGCCAGAGCUAAUUGAGAUGCUACUGAUCACCACCAACCCAUACGACUAUCACUAUGUGAGUCAAGGCGAGAUCACGGUGCCCAGCAUUAAUGACCAGGAGGAGCUGAUGGCCACCGAUAGUGCCAUUGACAUCCUGGGCUUCACUCCUGAUGAAAAAACAGCCAUUUACAAGCUGACAGGAGCUGUCAUGCACUACGGCAACCUGAAGUUUAAGCAGAAGCAGCGUGAAGAGCAGGCAGAACCAGAUGGCACAGAAGUCAAGCAGAAGCUGGAGAAGGAGAAGAGUGAGCUGAAGAUGGAGAUUGAUGACUUGGCCAGCAACAUGGAGUCUGUCUCCAAAGCCAAGGCAAGCCUGGAGAAGACAUGCCGAGCACUGGAAGAUCAGCUGAGUGAGAUUAAGACAAAAGAAGAGGAGCAUCAACGGAUGAUCAAUGAUAUUAAUGCUCAAAGAGCUCGUCUGCAGACAGAAUCAGGUGAAUUUUCACGCCAGGUGGAGGAGAAAGAUGCUCUGAUUUCUCAGCUGUCUCGAGGCAAACAGGCAUUCACCCAACAGAUUGAGGAGCUCAAGAGGCACUUAGAGGAGGAGAUAAAGGUGCGGGAGCUGGAAGGAGAGGUUGAUGCUGAGCAGAAGCGCAGCGCUGAAGCCGUGAAAGGUGUGCGCAAGUACGAGAGGAGGGUGAAGGAGCUGACCUACCAGUCUGAAGAAGACCGGAAGAAUGUUCUCAGGCUCCAGGACCUGGUGGACAAGCUGCAGAUGAAGGUGAAAUCCUACAAGAGGCAAGCUGAGGAAGCUGAGGAGCUGUCCAAUGUCAACCUUUCCAAAUUCCGCAAGAUCCAGCACGAACUGGAGGAAGCUGAGGAGCGGGCUGACAUUGCAGAGUCACAGGUCAACAAGCUCCGAGCAAAGAGCCGGGAGUUUCAUAAGAAGAUUGAGGAGGAGGAAUGA